AUGUUUCAGAAGAGUUUGCGUUCUCAGACUAAAGAAAUUGGUAUAAUUAGCGAAGCAAGAAUUGGUGUAAUGACACCAGCGACAAUUGAAGUCAAAAGAUCCGCAAUGCCAUUAACGUUGCCUCAUUGUUCACUUAGGGACAAAUUCUUUGUCAUUAUAAAUUCUACAAUGUUCACCCUGGAGAAUGAAGAUUCUGUUUUUUUGUGUGAGUCCUGCAAGUUAACAAUGAAUAAUUGA